AUGACUACGUACAAUAAUCACAAAAAUAAUCCAUUAGCCGUCUUUGGAGAACAAAAAGGAUUAAUGCUAACUUCAGAAAAAAAUGAAUACAAAGUCGAUGACAUUGUUGGAUUUGGAACUUUUGGAAUUGUUGUUGUUGCAAAAGAUUCUAAAGGAGAAACAGUAGCAUUAAAACGAGUUGUACAAGACCAUCACUAUAAAAAUAGAGAAUUACCUAUUAUGGAAUUACUACAUCAUGUCAAUGUACUAGAGUUAAAAGAUUCAUUUUUCUCAAAAAUACCAAAUAAUAAAGAUGAUUAUAUUUUAAAUAUUGUUAUGGAUUAUAUGCCUUAUAAUUUAUAUCAAGUAAUCUCUGAAAAAAAAUUAGAAAAUAUACAAAUUAAAUCAUUUUCAUUUCAACUUAUUCGGUCAUUAACAUAUAUUCAUUCAUUAGGAAUAUGUCACAGAGAUAUUAAACCUCAAAAUGUAUUAGUUGACUUAGAUAACAAUACUUUAAAAUUAUGUGAUUUUGGAAGUGCAAAACAACUUGAUCCUAAAGGGUCAAGUAUUAGUUAUAUUUGUUCUCGGUAUUAUAGAGCACCUGAAUUAAUAUUUGAUUGUACACAUUAUUCUACCGCUGUUGAUAUAUGGGCAUUUGGUUGUGUUGUUGCAGAAAUGGUAAUGAGAAAGCCAUUGUUUAGAGGUGAUAAUAGUACUGAUCAAUUAAAAAAAAUUAUGAAAGUAUUAGGUAAUCCAUCAGCAGAACAAAUUUAUGCUAUGAACAGAAAUACAUCUGUAUUUAGAACACCUCAAGUAACUGGUGUUGGAAUAGAGUCUGUAUUAUCUGUUUAUUCAUAUCCUCAAGGAUUAAUUGAAUUACUUAACACAGUCCUCAAAUAUAAUCCAUAUCAAAGACCAACAGGAAUUCAGUUAAUGGGACAUCCUUUUCAUGCAGAAGCAAGGGUUGGUAUUACUUUUACUGAAAAUGAAUUAAAAGAGGCACAAUCAAAAAGAGUUCUUUUAAACUAA